UUUAUUUUCCUCAUCCAUCGAAAAGUCAAAGUUCGAGAAAGGAAAACAGUAAAAGUUGGUUAAACUGGACUGAAUAAGUAGUAUUCCAAAUAAAUAAACAUGAUUAAUACACACAUUGGAUUAAUCUGAUUAAUCACAUUGGGCUUAAUAUAAAUUGCUAAGGGCCAAAUAGUGACACAUCACAUAGAUAUCCAUUUAAUAUUCAUUUCUACACCUGUAACUAUUUAUCAAUCAAAUAAAUAAUUCUAUUUAGCCUAGUUGCUUAAAAAAUGUGGGUGCCAACUCAUGUACAAGUCACAGUUCAGAGAGCUGUUGGUUUACUUACAAAGGGAAAGAACAACACCAAUGAUUGCUUUGUAACUAUAGGCCUAGGAAAAAUUAAGUAUCAGACAUCUGUUAAAGAAAAAGCAGGCUCCAAUGUUGAAUGGCAUGAGGAAUGUGAAUUGCCAAUUCCAGAUCAAGGGAAUACGGCAGAGAUAAUCUUAACUGUCUUACAUCACAAUUUUCUUGGGGUAGAUGAAUUUCUAGGCAGGGUAACCAUUCCAUUAAAUCAAUUAGAUAUUUAUGAACGACCCAAAAAUAAACUAUUUACGUUACAAGCUAAAGCUGGUGGUAAACAAAAGGAUAGGGGACAAUUAGAAGUAAAAAUCGCGUUCAAUGUAAAAUCCGGUAGCUUAACAAACUUGAGUAAAAAAGAGAAGCACAGAAACUCAUUGUCCCAUGUAGCUCAAUCUGUGGGAGGUAGCUUACUAAGUCUAGGAAGUGCUGACAAGCGUAAAGGCUUAAAGAAAUUUGCGAAAUCGAUUGGAUCAAAGAUGCAUCUUAAAGGAAAGAAAAAGGAUGAAACUGACGAUGGAUCAUCAUUUGGCAGCGUCAGCAGCUUAAAUAUUAGAAGUCAAACUUUGAAUAGACAGUUUAGGAGUAAGCAGACCCUUGAUGAUGCUGAUCCUGGCGUUGUGAGUGACGAGGAUGAAUUUACUUUUGACGAUUUAUCUCACAAAAGCUCUGCAAGUUCAUUGAGCAUAACAGCCCCAACAAAUGUACCUAUAGUAACAGUCACAUCACCCACUGCUUCCAAACCAUUUUUACAAGAAAAUACUCUGACCAAUAUUCCUUCCACACAGACCACUGUAAAGAGUCAAACUCCUCCCAUAAAACCACCAAGGUCCGAACCAAAACUGCAACAAGACGAGUGGGAAAGUAAACUAUUUGGUAAUACCAGGCAAAAACCUGUAUUGAAGCCAGGUUCAAGUGAUUCUUUAAACAGGAGAUCUUGGGAUUCUUCAAAGUUAGCAUCACAAAUUGUCGAAGAGUCUGAAUCUUUUGAUAACUUGUCGAAAAACGAUGAUAAUAUCAGCAUUAAGAGCACUCCAGAAAUCACAAAAGAAAAAGACGGCAUGUUUUCAAAGCUGAAAAAUAAUUUUAGAAAAGAUAAAGAGAAAAGUGAGAAAUUGUACGAGAAAGGCGCAAGUAAUUCACAUGAACGCGUUAUUAUAGGAGGAGAAAGGGAAGUCAUGCCUGAGAAGCCUACUUGUAAUAUCUCCAGCGAGAUGUUGCAAAAGUUUGAAGGAAAAACUAGAGAGGAUUUGAUUAUGGCUUUGUCCGAAACUCAGAAUGAUUUGGAAAAACACAAAAAAAAAUUAAAAGAUCUGGAAGAUUAUUUAGACGACCUUCUCCUUAGGGUAAUGGAAACCACUCCAAGGAUAUUGCAGAAUCCAUACGUGACAUAUAAACUUUCGCAGAAGCAAUAUUAAAAUUGAUAAAAACGUAUUUAUUACUCAAGUGCCUCAUCACAAGUGAACAUAAAUGACUCGGCUAAAAGAAUUGCAUAAUUUAGUUACAAAAAAAUAAUAUUUUCUGUGAUUAAUCUUCACAUUUUUUCAAUUUUGUACAACUAUCCGGUUAAAAAGUUGAGAGUUGUUUCACGCUAUUAUGAUUAAUAUGGACAGAUCUUUUAUUAUAAACUGAAACUAUUUUUUUUAUUAGAUUGUCUUUCAUGACCAAUUUAAUCACAAUAAGAGAUUUUAAUAAUUUAAUUUACUGUGUUUAUUAACUAUAAGGGUUAUUUGCCCGAAUAUUAUUUAUUAUUUAGUAAUAGGACUAACAAAUUUUAAACCCGGUUGACGAAACCUGUUAACACUGGUAACGGUUUAUUGUUCUUAAUGUAUGUUAUUUAAAAUGAAAAUAUAUUUACAUUAUAUUUA